AAGCGAGGGCGAGGCCUGGGGCAGGCAGCCCCCGGGGUCGGGCCGCGCCGGCCGGCCCAGCCACUUAAAUGCAACUCCUGAGACAUCGGCUUCCCGCUGAUGAGACCGCUGCAGGGCUCUCGAAGCCGGGGCGUCGUCGUGGGGACCGUCACCCUCUGCCUGGCCGCCGGGUGGGCUCUGCAGACUCCCGGAGGAGUGUCCUUAGUUGUCCCACAACCCAACAUCAAUGCAACAGUGGCACAAAACAUCCUCCUCUCAGUUGAAUACUCUUGCCGAGGCGUGGCCACCAUUGAGUGGAAGCAUGUGUCAAGCUGGGGCACCACCAGCAUUGUUGAGUGGAGAAGUGGGAAUUAUGUCAACAUAUCCACGGUCUACAAGGACAGAGUGACUACUUUUGAAAAUGGCUCUAUACAGCUUCGGAAUGUGGGCAUGAGAGAUGCCGGCUACUAUUUUGUCACUGUAAUGGAUGAGCAUGGAACCAAUGCCUAUGGCACCAUCAUAGUCAAUGUUUACGAGAUUAUCUAUGAAGAUUUGCAUUUUGUAGCAGUUCUCUUUGCAUUUCUUGCUGCAGUAUCUGCCAUUCUAAUCUGCUUCAUGUGGCUGUGUAAUAAAUCUCUGCAUCUAUUUCAGAAGAAGACAACAAACAAACUAACAGCAAGUACAACAGAAGAGAUUGAACUGGAAACCAUUGAGUGUUAGCCAAGGACUUGUAUCAUAAUAAAAAUAACAAUUCUACCUCAGGAGAAAGUAUUGUCCAAGAAAGCAAGAACAAACCUAGAAGAUAAAAUGUUUGUGACUACUGCAGAAACAUCCUGACUUGCAAAGUAAUUAAAUCAGCAGUGUCUGAGGGAGCUGUUUUGACCUGGUAGGUUUUCGGUUCUGCUAGUCAAGGUCAGAGUAAAAAAGAAUAUGCUUUCAUGCUGAGCAUGAACACAUUUUUGUGGCUAGCUAAUAAAAUCUACAACCUCUACUACUCUUAAAAACAACCAACCAACCAACCAAGCCUCUAAGAUCAACCCAUAAAGGAAAUUAUCGUGGUCUUGAAGGACACCUGCAUUUUGGAUACAGCAAGUCUCCUAUUACAGACAGUGGUCAUUAGCAUCUAUCAACAUAAUAAAUUAAAUAUCUAAUUACAGUAUUACAUAAAAAAAAUAAUUGCAAGCAUUAAAACCUGUUUAUUGCAUCUAUGCUGCUACUUUUGGGUGUAAGGAACUUCCUGAAGCUCUGAAGACAAAUUGCAAUUUUUCAUGAGACAAAAGUGACUUUGAAACAAUGCUGAGCUGGUCAAAGUUCUCCCACUUGCAUUUUCAAUUGUCUACACUGCCCCAGGAUGGAUGUUAACACACAUUUUAUGACAUUACUAGAGCAGGUGGUUGUACAAGGAACACUGGAGGCAGGCACUAAAGAGGACACUGUCUACAGAGAUUAAAGGGGUCAGAUAAAAUACUGACACACAACACCAGCAGGGUGGCAAAGUAAACUAAAACAGUAAACUAAGAGUUUUGUUGUGAAAGAUGUCAAGUCCUUUGCAAACUUAGCCCAGUGAUGAAGAAUCUGUUGGACAAGAAAAGUUAAAACAGCAUUACUUUGAAGUAUAGUACCUACAAAUACAGUUCUAAAAUUGCUUUUGUUGAAAAGCCACCUUUGCUUUCCCUGUGUUGUAAGAAAACACGAAGUGACCCAAUGUUUUCCUGAAUCUGCAUAUUGCACGUACUGCAAUU